AUGGCCGAAGGGGGGGCAAGUAAAGGUGGUGGAGACGAACCCGGGAAGCUGCAGGAGCAGGAAGAAGAGGAAUCCCAGGUUUUGCACGGAACAGGCCACUGCAAAUGGUUCAACGUGCGAAUGGGAUUUGGAUUCAUCUCCAUGAUAAACCGAGAGGGAAGCCCCUUGGAUGUUCCGGUCGAUGUGUUUGUACACCAAAGCAAGCUAUAUAUGGAAGGAUUUAGAAGCCUAAAAGAAGGAGAACCAGUGGAAUUCACAUUUAAAAAAUCUUCCAAAGGCCUUGAAUCAAUACGGGUAACAGGCCCUGGAGGGAGCCCCUGUUUAGGAAGUGAGAGAAGACCCAAAGGGAAGACACUGCAAAAAAGAAAACCAAAAGGAGAUAGAUGCUACAACUGCGGUGGCCUUGAUCAUCAUGCUAAGGAAUGUAGUCUACCUCCUCAGCCAAAGAAGUGCCAUUACUGUCAGAGCAUCAUGCACAUGGUGGCUAAUUGCCCCCAUAAAACUGUUCCACAGCAGCCCGCUAGUUCUCAGGGAAGACAUGAAGCAGAACCACAGCCAUCCACUUCAACUUUCCCCCGAGAAGUGGGAGGAGCCUACGGCUACUCAUCUCCAUCGUAUUCUCAGGAGGGCCGAUCCGAGAUAUCAGAACGGUCAGGCAGGUCACCUCAAGAAACUUCCUCCAGUAAGUUAUCCACCUCACCUGAAGAACAAAGCAGAAAGGGGCCUUCUGUUCAAAAAAGAAAAAAAACUUAA